AUGGGCGGUGGAUUGAUCUUCCUCACGCUCCUCAUCGCGGCUGGAGCGGCUGCUGGUGGAUGGGUGUCGGUGCCAAAGGGCGAGAACCAGGUUGUCAUUCGAACGAGUAUCACCCUCGCCAUCACUUGUUGCUGGCUCAUGUGGGCAAUCACCUACCUCGCACAACUGCAUCCGCUCAUCAAACCCAUCCGCUCCGACCUGCGACCACUCAAGGAGCACUCGCUGUGA